AAGCAAGAUUCAGUCCCGGACGAACCCCGGCGCUCCGCAGAGCAGAGCCAUGGAGGAGAUGGAGGAGGAGCUCAAGUGCCCGGUGUGCGGCUCGUUUUUCCGCGAGCCCAUCAUCCUCCCGUGCUCCCACAACCUCUGCCUGGCGUGCGCGCGGAACAUCCUCGUGCAGACCCCGGACGCGGAGUCGCCUCAGAGCCGCGCGUCAGGCUCCGCGGUGUCGGAUUAUGACUAUCUGGACCUGGACAAGAUGAGCCUGUACAGCGAGGCGGACAGUGGCUACGGGUCCUACGGGGGCUUUGUGAGCGCGCCCACUACACCGUGCCAGAAGUCUCCAAACGGGGUCCGAGUGUUUCCCCCCGCAGCCCCUCAGCACCUGAUGCCCCAUCCGCCCGGGGCUCUGACGCCAGUGCCGCGGAACUCCUGCAUCACGUGCCCGCAGUGCCACCGCAGCCUGACGCUGGAUGAGCGCGGGCUGCGCGGCUUCCCGCGGAACCGCGUUCUGGAGGCGGUGGUGGACCGGUACCAGCAGAGCAAAGCGGCGGCGCUACGGUGUCAGCUGUGUGAGAAAACCCCCACGGAGGCCACGGUCAUGUGCGAACAGUGCGACGUGUUCUACUGCGACCCAUGCCGCCUGCGCUGUCACCCGCCGCGCGGACCUCUGGCCAAACACCGCCUCGUGCCACCGGCCCAGGGGCGCAUUAGUCGGCGCACGAGCCCUCGCAAGAUCUCCACGUGCACCGAGCACGAGCUGGAGAACCUCAGCAUGUACUGCGUCCAGUGCAAGACCCCGGUGUGCUACCAGUGCCUCGAGGAGGGCAAGCACGGCACGCACGAGGUCAAAGCCCUGGGCGCCAUGUGGAAACUGCACAAGGGACAGCUGUCUCAGGCUCUGAACGGGCUCUCAGACCGGGCGACUGAAGCUAAAGAGUUCCUGGUUCAACUCCGGAACACGGUGCAACACAUUCAGGAGAAUGGCGUUGAGUUUGAGGCAUGUCUCGUGGCUCAAUGUGACGCUCUCAUCGAUGCUCUGAAUAGAAGGAAGGCUCAGCUGUUGGCCCGUGUCAACAAAGAACAUGAACACAAGCUAAAGGUUGUGCGGGAUCAGAUCUCUCACUGUACGGUGAAGCUGAGGCAGACUACAGGCCUGAUGGAGUACUGCCUCGAGGUCAUCAAGGAGAACGACCCCAGCGGAUUCUUACAGAUUUCAGACGCUCUGAUUCGUCGGGUUCACAUGACAGAGGGGCAGUGGGGUAAAGGGACCCUCACCCCCAGAAUGAGCAGUGACUUUGACCUGACUCUGGACAGUGGGCCUCUACUGCAGACCAUACACCAGCUGGACUUUGUGCAGAUGAAAGUACCCGCGGCCCCAAUGCUGCAGCUGGAGGAAUGCUGCACUCAGAACAACAGCGCUACGUUGUCGUGGAAACAGCCUCCUCUAUCAACGGUUGCCGUGGAGGGAUAUAUCCUGGAGCUGGACGAUGGCAGUGGAGGACCAUUCAGGGAGGUGUACGUUGGCCCAGAGACCAUCUGCACAGUGGAUGGACUUCACUUCAACAGCACCUACAAGUCCAGAGUGAAAGCCUUCAACAGCAGCGGAGUGGGACAGUACAGCAAGACCUUACUCAUGCACACCUCAGAAGCUGGACUUGCUCCUUGUGAUAUUCAGUCUAUAGGCCCAGUGGCCUGGUUUACCUUUGACCCCGCCUCCGCCCAUCCCGACAUCAUGUUCUCCAACGAUAACCUCACCGUGACCUGCAGUAGCUAUGACGACCGAGUGGUAAUGGGGAACACUGCGUUCUCUCGGGGCGUACACUACUGGGAGAUGACUGUGGACCGCUAUGAUAACCACCCAGACCCCGCCUUCGGCAUCGCUCGGGGGGACGUGCUCAAAGACGUGAUGCUCGGGAAGGACGAUAAGGCCUGGGCCAUGUACGUGGACAACAACAGGUCCUGGUUCAUGCACAACAACUCUCACACGAACAGGACGGACGGAGGCAUCGCUAAAAGCUCUACCAUCGGUGUGCUCUUGGACUUCACUCGAAGAAUCCUCAUCUUCCUCAUCAACGAUGAGCAGCAGGGGCCAGUGGCGUUCGAUAGCCUGGAGGGGGCGUACUACCCUGCCAUCAGCCUCAAUAGGAAUGUACAGGUGACCCUCCACACUGGCCUGCCCAUCCCAGACUUCUACACCCCUGGAGAACCAGACCCCAGCGGAUCUGUGUGCUAAAGACGUACCCCAGAUCGGCCUCAGGUUCCUGGGACAAACAUAGGGAACUGCCCCCUCCACAACCUUCAGCUUCUAGCCCCUCUGUCCUCCAUCUCUGCCC